CUUUCAUUCGUUGAUGUCGCUAACUGUUGCACAUAACAGUUACACGUAGUUGUGUUUUCUUGUGUUAUAUUCUGUUUGUGAUUAAGAUCAACUUGAGACAUAUUUUGGCUUAUUUCGAAAAGGAUGACUUAACUGCAGCACAAACAGUCAUGCGGCGCGCAAUUCUGCUGCUACUAGCGGUGCUGCUCGCUGCUGCUGCCGCGUGCCCCUGGGCGUGCUCCUGCCGACCGAAUGCCGCUGACUGCGCGCACAGAGCGCUGCUGCACACGCCCCGGAGACUGCCGAUAGACGCGCAGCGACUUGACCUGCAAGGCAACAACAUCAGCAUCAUUUUCCAGAGUGACUUCCAGAACUUGAAAGAAUUGAAGAUUCUACAAUUAUCAGAAAAUCAAAUACACACGAUCGAACGAGACGCAUUCUUGGAGCUGAACGCACUCGAGCGCCUAAAACUGAGCAAUAACCGACUCGGCCACAUGCCUGAUGGCCUUUUUGUGAGAUUGAGGCAUCUACAGCGUUUGGAUCUUAGUCGUAACGAGUUGACAGCGAUCAGUAAGCGCACGUUCCGAGGACUGACCGCUUUGAAGAGUCUCCACCUGGACGGCAAUCAGCUGAAAUGCAUAGACGAAAAGGCAUUGGAACACUUGAAGAGCUUGGAAGUGCUGACCCUGAACAACAAUAACCUAACCUACCUAUCAUUGGAAGCUGCGUCAGUCGCUCGGCUACACACGUUGCGACUCACAGACAAUCCCAUCGUGUGCGACUGUCGUGUCGCUCGUCUGUCUGCGUCGGUACGCGCAGCUGGUAUACUUGGGGUUGGAGCCAGAUGUCAGGCACCAGCAACCCUCAGGGGCGCAUUACUCACGGAAUUGGAAGCGCACGAACUUACUUGUAACGGUCCGACCACAUCAAUAAUAGCAGAAUGUUCCGCGGAACCGCGCUGCCCUCCACCUUGCCGCUGCUCCCCCGACGGCACCGUCGACUGCCGGGAGAAACUGCUCACAGAACUGCCGUCUACCAUACCUCAUAGGGCUACCGAAAUUCGCCUAGAACAGAACGAGAUCACAGAAGUGGGAGCGGGGGCUUUCUCAUCUGUCAAGCGAGUGGCGCGAAUCGAUCUGUCAAACAACAAAAUUGUCAAACUAGCCGCUGACGCAUUCAACGGCUUGACACAUUUGACGUCUCUAGUGCUUUAUGGAAACAAGAUAAAGGACUUACCUUCGGGUAUAUUCCAUGGUUUGACUUCAUUGCAACUUUUGUUGUUGAACUCCAACGAAAUCAGCUGUGUUCGUAAAGAUACCUUCAGGGAUCUACAGAGUCUGAAACUACUAUCCUUAUACGACAACAAUAUAAGAUCGAUACCGAACGGGACUUUUGAUUCGUUAUCCGGCAUUCAGACGCUUCAUUUGGGUCGGAAUCCCUUCGCCUGCGACUGCUCUCUGCGAUGGCUUGCCGCGUACUUGCGCAAAAAUCCGAUCGAAACGUCAGGAGCCAAGUGUGAUACACCGAAACGUAUGAACAGGAAGCGCAUUGAUGCUCUCCGCGAAGAAAACUUUAAAUGCAAACCGGGUGAGGAGACCGCGGAGAGCUGCGGGGACGAGCCGCCGUGCCCGGAGGUGUGCGCGUGCUCGCGCGCCGCGCAGGGCCGCGGGGUGCGCGUGGCGUGCGCGCGCGCCGCACUCGCCGACCUGCCGCGAGACCUGCCGCUCACCACGCACGCCCUCAUCAUGCCGGAUAAUAACUUGGGUCAGAUCAAGUCGGAUGGACUCUUCGGAAGGCUGCCUGACCUCACGAAGUUGGACUUCCGUAAUAAUGGUAUAACAAUUGUGGAAGAUAACGCCUUCGACGGCGCCGCGUCGAUACAGGAACUAUUGCUUGAUGGAAACCUGCUCCAUACGGUUACAGACAAAAUGUUCUUCGGAUUGCACAGUCUCAGCGUUCUCUCCCUCACCGAUAACAAAAUAACGUGCAUAACGCCGGGAUCCUUUGAUCAUCUCAACUCAUUAUCGACUCUGUCGUUGAGCGGCAACCCUUUACACUGCACGUGCCACAUCUCGUGGGUGAGCGGGUGGUUACGUGCGCGCCGCCUGGCCACCGGAGCCACGUGCGCGCACCCCCCGCCCCUGCGCGGCGCUGAGCUGCAACAUCUGGAGCUGGCGGACUUCAAGUGCACUCCGGAGGACUCGGGCUGCUUGCCGGCGGAGUACUGUCCGGCGGGCUGCGCGUGCGCGGGCACGGUGGUGCGCUGUGCGCGCGCGCGCCUCGCCGCGCUGCCGCCGCGCCUGCCGCCGCACACCACCGAGCUGUACUUGGAAUCCAAUGAAAUAACUAGCAUAUCGUCUGAGCAAAUCCGCCACCUCACCCAGCUGACUCGACUGGACAUUUCGAACAACAAGAUCAGUGUCCUCUCCAACAAUACUUUUGAGGGUCUCACCAAACUGUCCACUCUCAUAGUCAGCUACAACCGGCUCAGAUGUGUUCAGCGCGACGCGUUGAAGGGGCUGACACAGCUUCGCGUUCUGUCCCUUCACGGUAACAAUAUCUCCAUGCUGGCGGACGGAGUCUUCAGAGACUUGGAGUCCAUAUCCCACGUCGCACUUGGUUCGAACCCUCUGUACUGUGACUGCUCAGCCCGCUGGUUGAGUGAAUGGGUGAAGGUGGCUGGUGAGUACGUGGAGGCCGGUAUCGCUCGCUGCGCUGAUCCCCCUCCGAUGAGGGAUAAGUUGGUGCUGAGUACCAGUUCCAGUGCGUUCGUUUGUAAAGACGAGCCGCCGGCGGACGUGAUCGCGAAGUGCGACCGCUGCUACCGCAACCCGUGCCUGCACGGCGGCGCGUGCGCGGCGAGUGCGGGCGGCGGCUACACGUGCGCGUGCGCGCGCGGCUUCCACGGCGACACGUGCCAGCACCAGAUCGACGCGUGCUACGGCUCGCCCUGCGCGCACGGCGCCUGCCAGCUGCUGGAGGAGGGCCGCUUCCACUGCUCCUGCCACGCUGGCUACACCGGCGUGCGCUGCGAGGUGAACAUCGACGACUGUCUCGCGCACCGCUGUCAGAACAACGCCACGUGUGUCGACCACCUCGAAGGCUACACUUGCAAGUGUGCCCCUGGAUUUAUGGGUGAAUUUUGCGAGAAGAAGAUACCGUUCUGCACACCAGAAUUCAAUCCGUGCGCGAAUGGUGCCAUCUGCGUGGACCACACCAGCCACUUCUCCUGCACCUGUCCCAAAGGGUACUCGGGACAGAACUGCACGAUCAACGCUGAUGAUUGCCUCAAUCACAUGUGCCAAAACGGAGCGACGUGCGUGGACGGGCUGGACGAGUACCGCUGCGCGUGCGCGGCGGGGUACGCGGGCCGCUACUGCGAGGCCGCGCCGCACGCCGCGCUCGGCACGUCGCCCUGCGCGCACCACGACUGCGUGCACGGCGUGUGCUACCUGCCCGCGCUCGCCCUGCACGACGACAUCAUGAUGGAGCGCCCGCUGCUGGCGCCGCCCGCAGACUACCUGUGCAAGUGCGCGCCCGGGUACUCCGGUCGUCUAUGCGAGUAUCUCACCUCACUCACCUUCAACUACAACGAUUCAUUGGUGGAACUGGAACCACUCCGGACCAUACCUCAAGCCAACGUCACACUUGUGUUCAGCACUAAGCAGCUCCACGGCGUGCUGAUGUACUUCGGUGACAGCGAGCACCUCGCGGUGGAGCUGUUCAACGGCAGGAUCCGCAUCAGCUACGACGUUGGGAACCACCCCACAUCAACCAUGUACAGUUUCGAAAUGGUCUCCGACGGUAACUACCAUAAGGCUGAAUUGAUCGCGAUUAAGAAGAAUUUCACAUUGCGAGUCGACGACGGGCCCGCGAGGUCAAUCAUCAAUGAAGGCAGUAAUGAGUUCCUCCGUCUCGAGAGGCCCAUGUUCGUUGGCGGAGUGCCGGAGGACGUCGCUAAGGACGCUUUCAGCAAAUGGCACUUGCGUAAUAUCACCAGUUUCAAAGGCUGCCUGAAAGAGGCGUGGAUCAACCACAAACGCGUGGACUUCGUUAACGCGGCGCGCACCUCCCGCACGCGCGCCGGCUGCGGCGGAGACGAGCCCGCCAUGCCCUCUCGGCCUCACGCGCUGCAAGAGGACGGUGCGCACGAGCCCGACCCGUGCGUGCCCAACCCGUGCGCGCGGGGGGGGCGCUGCGUGCGCGAGGCGGGCUCGCGCUCGGACUACACGUGCCGCUGCCGCGCCGGCACGGCGGGCGCGCAGUGCGAGCUGCGCACCUCCGUCGGUGGGGCUCCGGUUAUCACACAAGUCAAACUCCCCCCACGGAAGCAGAUCAUCAGCAACGUUCAGGCAUCACCAGCCGCGCCCGCGCAAAAGCAGUACCCGGAAGAGGCGCCCGCGCAGCCGCCGGCCGGCGGCGCGUGUCGGAAGGAAGCCACCCGUGAGUUCAUAACCGAGGGCUCGUGUCGGAGCCGUCGUCCCGUUCGCGGCGCGCGGUGCUCCGCUAAAGCCUCUGGGACCCCAGGAGGCUGCGGGAGAGCCCUAUGCUGCGCACCCAGGAAAACUAAGAAGAGAAAGAUCCGCUUAGUCUGUGCUGACGGUACAAGAUACACCAAAGAUAUAGAAAUAGUACGCAAAUGUGCCUGCGGAAAGAAGUGCCCGAGGAACACGCCCUUCAUACACUAAACACACACACAUAAUCAAAACAAUUUGCACAAAAAUUAAAUUAAAACAAUAGUCAAAGCGCUUACAGCACACCUUAUAAAUGUGAAACCUUGCUUAAACAUUUCACCCAAAUGUCACAGUCGGAAACGUUGCAUAGUUUGACCUUGAAAUGUUACUGUCAUGGCGCCCAUUUAUUUAAAUUUUGGACAAAUUUGUUUCAAAGGUAAUAAUUAUAGUAUCACAUUAAAAAUAUCAUAUUAAUUUUUACAUGCGAUGAAUGUUGAGAAUAUUAGAAAGAGAUAUCAAUAUAAAUAGCAAUAUGUUAGAGAGGGACGCAUUAAUAUAUUUGAAUCUUAACAUGAAGCUACCGUCGUAGACUUUAAAUUUAAGAAUGAUGAGUGGGAUUUUUUUCCGACUUUUGACAUUUUAUUUAAAAGUAUUUAGAAAUAAAAUCGAUCAUAAAAUUAUCAACGAAUAAUCAAUAGACAAUAAUCAUCAAUAGUAAAUUAUUAAUUUUUAGCAUUUAUAAAUUCAAUGUUUUAAAACAUGCCUUCCAAUGUAACGGCCUACAGCUUUAAGUUUUAAAAGAGUUUAUGAACUUAAUGGACGAAAAUGUCAAACAUCAAGCUUUUUGUGUAUCAAUGAAGAAAACCCUUUUCUGUGAGAUAAAAUGGAGGUCUAUUUCAGUAAUGGGGGGUAGAAUAAGAACUCUUCCUUUUAUGUGACUUUAAUAGCAAAAGCCUCUUGUGUGGGUUUGGUUGGUCUAAGGCAAAUAGGUAUGACUCAUUAUUCAGCAAUCCUCACAGCCAGCUCUACUAGUAGAGUCAGGUCAAAGGACCAAUGUUUAUCACCAUUGAAAUCAAAGCAAAAUCUACUAUAUGAUAUAUGUUGACCACUCAAUACUUAUUAGAAACAUUUACUCAGUUAUAAGAUAUGGUUACACGAGAACAAUAUAUCAACGUAACGUCAAAUGAAAUUAUGAGGGCAAAUGGAAGCGAAAAUUGAUGCAUUUCUCGGACGUUUGGAACUUAUUCAAUGUUUAAAAAUGUCACCAACUUUUAUAAUGUUUUGUAUGAAUGAACUAUUAGGUCUAACUUUAUACCCCAUUAGAAACUAAAGCUUAAAUAUACUCAACAGUUAGAUAAUGCAUUUAUUGUUAAACCUUUUACGCCCUGGAGGCUAUUAAUUUUAUCUGUAUUUUUAAUAUGUAAUGAUAUUUUUAAUCUGCGGAUAUCAUUGAUAUGUAAAAUGGACGACGGCUAUGGGAUAGGUUUGAAAUUUGUUUUUUUUUUCUUCUUAAAAUUUAAGUUUUAAAGAAGCGAUGAAUUGCAAUUUCACGACCAUUUUACAUAUUUAUGUUUUUUUUUUUUUUGUAACGCAAUGUUACAACUUAAUUUUAUACUGCCAUAAAAUUUUCAUGAAUUGUCUUAAAUUUUAAUCUUAAACAAUAUUGUGUUCAUUUAAUAAUAAUAUAUUUAUCAUUCUCUAGAUGUUUAUUGAAUAUUUUAUAUCGAUAAGUUAGUAAUAGGCGUACAGAUAAUAAAUUCCCGCGUUUUUUAUAUUCUUGCCAUAUAAGAAAAUGUUUUUCGUCAUUUCUUGUUUUUUUUUUUUUCAUUUUUAUAUACCUUUUAGAUCUAAUGAUAACAAAAAUAAUAGUAGUUUUUGACUGACGGUUCUUUUGUAAAAUAAUAUAGAUUAACAUAUUUAUUGCUGUUUUGUUGCUAAAAUGUAGCUUAUUUACUGUAAAUUGGUAGUUAAGAUUUAUUAUAUAGGAACGAUUGAGUAUUUUAUUAGGUAUUUGUAAAAGCAUUCCGUAUUUAUUUCUUACCAUUGCGAUAUAUUCUCACAGUAACCGUUGUCGGCGAUUUUAAACGAUAUUAAUUUUUCAGUAUUAAUUAUUUGUUAUAAAACGAUGAUCAUUUACAGUUAUAUAAAAUUAGUGUUUUUUUUUUAUAUAACUGUGUGAUUUGCAUAUAAUUUAAGUUUAAUCUAAGCUUUAAGUUUCGUACGGUCGUGUUUUGUGACGGGCGGACAGUGCAUGCGCUUUUUAUUAAUAAUUAAAAAAGUAAUAAUAUUGUCUAUAUACUUUAUAAUUUAUUUGAUGUAAUAAAAGACGAUGUUAGAUAUAUAA